UGGUUGCCUCCCACACGCCUCCCGACCGGGGCCAGGGCAGCCCUGGCACAAAGUCCUUUAGGUCAGUUCCCCAAGUGUGGUCCCAGGGAGCUGGUGGGCAAUGCAAAUCCUCAGGCUCCACCCCAGCUUUUCUAAUCUGACGCUCUGGGGACGGGACCCCGUCAUCUGCCUGGAGCAAGCCCCCUACCCCCGGAAGAUGCUGAUGCAAGAUCCAGGUUGCGACCCACGGCCCUCGCUCCUCCGAGAAAGCCCCCGGGACACGGGCCGCGUUGUCACUUCCCCGCCACAGGCCCGGACCCCGGAGGCACCGGCGGUAAGAACCUGCCGAAUAGCGACGACAGCGACAGCACUCAGUGGUUCUCAACCUUCUGGCCCUUUAAAUACAGUUCCUCCUGUUAUGACCGUGGGAGGUGCCUUGAAGAAGAGUCUCACAGCUGAGCAGGUCCGAGCUGAUUUCAUAACUCUGGGUCUUAGUGAAGAGAAAGCCACUUACUUUUCUGAAAAGUGGAAGCAGAAUGCCCCCACUCUUGCUCGAUGGGCCAUAGGUCAGACUCUGAUGAUUAACCAGCUUAUAGAUAUGGAGUGGAAAUUUGGAGUGACUUCUGGCAGCAGUGAACUGGAAAAAGUGGGAAGUAUUUUUCUACAAUUAAAGUUGGUGCUUAAAAAAGGAAAUCAAACUGAAAAUUUAUAUAUAGAGUUAACCUUGCCUCAGUUCUACAGCUUCCUGCAUGAGAUGGAGCGAGUCAGAACCAGCAUGGAGUGUUUCAGCUGAUUUCUGUCCCCCUGCAUCUCCACCUUUGCCCUCCCCUGCUGCCUCCGCUUCUGUGGGUGACUGCUCUGAGAAGCACCUCACUCAGGCCAGUGGGGCACUGAUUAGGCCCUCCUUGCUUCUUGGGAGCCCAGGUGCAAAGGCUUCUGAAAAACAACAGGAUUAAGUACUUAAAGAGCCCUACACAAUUACUCUGUAAACUCUUUGUUAAGGGAACCUCCACCACCUAUCACCCAGGACACUUGUUUGAUAUUCAAACAGGCUAGCAUCUGAGAUUCAGGGAGGAAAUAAAUGAGCUCCCUCCCCAUCAAAGUUCCAGAGUAAACAAAAGGUGCCAUCACUGAAGAUCCAGGCUGAUCAUCCUGUAUUUCUGUUCUUUCUCCCUAAAAAAGCAAGGGCUCGUUUAUGGCUGAGGAAGAGGCUGGCUCUGUGAAUGACACGUUAGGAAUCCCCAACAAGAUUUUUACACUCUGUGGUUUUGGUGAUGGUGCACUGCUAAUCAGUUUUUUGGUGUUUUUUUUCUUCAUUGUUGGAAGUAUUACAUAUGUUGCUAAUCCGUUUUUAAUAGGGCAACUAUGUACAGAUACAUGUUUGGCCUACUCUGAAAAGAACGGAGGCAAGACUAUCUUCAUUUCUGGUUUUCCCUAUUGUGUUGUAAUGAAGCAGGCCUUUUUUGAGGCUGUUACAGCUUGUUUUGGUUCAAGCUGACCACCAUUGUUGGUUAGAUGAUUAAUAAAAAAGAUUGCAAAGAAAA